CUCAAGCAUCUUAUUUACAUUGAUAGACGUGAGAGAAGCAACAAAAUUUUUUUCAAUUUUUGUGGUCAUUUAAAACGUAAAACCGGAUUUAUACUAUAUAAGAUCGUCAUUUGGAAGAUUUUCCUAAACUGAUAUGAGUAAUUGACUUUUAACAUAACCAUUUGUCGGACAUGGAUCGAGUAGAUAGUGCCAGUACAGGUAUGGCAUCUCUGAUCGAGAUGUAUGAAGAACACUCAGAUGAAGAAAAAAGCCCAAGUGCUCCUUCAGCUGUAGACAAUAUAUCGGAUGAGGAUGAACACGACAGAGAAUCGUCAGCUCAUAGUUCAAGACCACCAUCAAGACCAACAUUUGAAGAUUUCAAUUCUCCAUCGCCGAAUGCCAUUUUUGCAAAGCCUCAUUUAAAACGAAAACCCACACGUCUAGUUUCAUAUGGACCAGAUGAAGAGGAAGAGGAAGAUGAAAGUGAAAACGAUUCUAGUUCUGAGGAGGAGGAGGAAGUCGAAGAAGAGUUGGGAUCAGAAGCAAUUAUUGUCAAUAACGAUGUCAAAGCAGAUGAGCCAUUGGACUCAGAUCAAGCAUCAUCCCUUUCACGUAGUGUACAAAACAAAACAGCUGAUGAAAUAGAACUACCUCCGGAGCCGCAAGGGAAGUGCUCUAAAGCUCUUCAGGAGAAAAUUACUAGAUUGUAUGACAAAAUGUUGAAUGGAGGAUUGAAUUUGAAUUACAUGAAUAACAACAUAAAGCAAAGAAAAAAUUUCCGCAAUCCGAGUAUUUAUGAAAAGUUAAUAGAAUUCUGUGGAAUAGAUGAAAAAGGAACCAAUUAUCCACCAGAGAUGUUUGACCCUCAUCAGUGGGGAAAAGAAUCAUUUUAUGAUGCUUUAGACAAAGCACAAAAGACCGAAAUGGAAAAACGAGAAAAGGAGAGAAAAGAUCGCACGAAAAUAGAGUUUGUGGUUGGAACAAAGAAAAAUAGUUCUGAUUCUGGACCAGAUGAAAAGAAGAGAAAAAGUAAAUGGGACUCUCUCCCCCAAGUAACUGGCACAAGACCAGGGGUGGUCAAUCCAACUGCAGUUGCCUCCCUUACAGUGUCGGCCACCGGCACCAAGUCUACCGUCAUACCAGCAGUGGGAAAUAUCACCAAAAAAUCAAAAUCCUGAUAGCAUUUCAACUCACAAAAAACAAUAUCAAUAUAUCAUAGAAAUGAUAUCAUAGAAAAUGUUAAAUUAUACUGCUACACUGAAUGGAUUUUGAUUCCACGCAGUGUUCAAAUUUUAUCAAUGAAUUUCGAAACUUCAGGAAGAAGAACUUUUUGCAGCUAUGAGAAAUCAUGAUUUCAGUUCUUUUUUUCAAGAGAUGAUUUGGUGAUUCGAUAAUUCAUUUUUUGGAAAGUAAAGUUGCAUUUAUGCUAUGUCACUGUAAAUGUUGAUGGAGGUUGUUGGUUCGUUAUACGUGUACAUUGCAUUAAUCUCCAGACAUUAAAAGGUGAUCAUCUUCUCCUGCACACUUCCUACUUGUACAUUCAUUGUAUUGUCAGUCAGUGAAAUGGAAAUAAAAUGAAUAAAUAAA